AUGGACUUUUGGACGAAACUCAUCAGCGGCGUGAGCAAGCCCAAGUCUGCCCCGGCAGCUGCGUCCAGUCCGCAACAACGCCUACAACGUUUCCGUCGAGCAUACAAUCCCAUCCUGCAACUAUGUGGUCGACCGCAGACCCUGGCCUCGCAUGGCCCCGCCCUCGACCAGCUCUAUUCCUCGCUGCAAAACAUCACCGCAUUACUCGCUGAAGAGAGCCGUACCCCUGCUCCACACCUGUGUCUCAACUUUGCUCAAUCCUCUCAGAUCUACAGCGUAGUCGCUCGCGCUGCCUCGACCUCUCGCGAUGAACGCCUGGUCCGUCAGGCCAUCCUCUUGUUCAGUUUACUGCUGGAGAGCGAGGACGAAGAUUUCGUCGCUUCCAAUGCCUUUGCCAGGUCCUUUAUGCGUUUCGCCUCGAAGGUCAUAGACUCGAACUCUGGCGGCUUUGGCGAAGACAUCGAGGCAGACGUCGUCGAGCUUCUAUUUGCUGUCGUUGCGAAGAUCCGCAUCCAGCCCGACAUCCUCUCCGUCUGGUUCUCUUCGUCAGCGAACAACAAUGCUUCCCACAAGGACUCCACUCACUUUGCUGGGCAGACCCAAAAGGAUGACUUCCCUUUAUGCUAUCUCUUGAUUGAUCGCAUUCAUCAUGAUGGUCGUAUAGGUGACUUUGCGCGUACUGGUCUGCUAUACAUCUUCGAAGCUAUAUCAUACUCUACAAACCUCGAGAAUUGGAUCAUCGACAGUGACCUGCCUACCUUGAUGGCUUCAGGUCUCGGCGCCCUAUACAGCCAGCUGAGUCGUGAGUUGUCUAUAUUGCAUGACCAUGAUCGCCUACCCAUAAUUCUUGCUCUCUCGGACUAUGUCGAUGCUCAGCAAUUCUCGUCCACCGAGAGCAUUUUCUCCCCAACCCACGCCACUCACAUGGCCACGUUCCUCUCCCACCUGGCCUUUUGGCAAGAUGUUUUGGAACACUGCAAAUCCGAAAGUGUCAAGACCACUCUUUUGGACCACUUUCGAAUUCUCUUCCUACAACAACUUCUAUAUCCAUCGCUGCUACAGUCUUCUGAUACCGAUGGAGGCUCUUCUGUCGCUGUUCUCACCUAUCUCUCCAACAUUUUCGAAUCUCUCGACCAUCCUGACUUGACACGGAUGACCCUGCAGUAUCUCUUAGCCAUCACUAAUGAUGAACAGCCUGAGCCUAUCUCCCCGACUGCUUAUCGAAGGCAGAGUACGCUUAUGUUGAUGACUCAAGUCGGCGACGAGGAAGACAAAUUUGAGCCUACGUUGUUCAGUCUGGUCGAUCUCAUACGCAAUGGUGUCACGUCGCAAAAUCCACAGACCGUCGUCGCGGCUUUGAAGCUGUCGUCCAUCAUGCUGACGAGGCAUCGCGGAUAUGCCAUCUCCACCCUUUUGCAAUCAAAGUCGGUUUUGUCGCCCGAGGACACAAGAACCGUCCAAGCAUUAUGCAUCGAGACGGACGACCUCAUUCAGAUUGCGAGAGACCUUGGCGGAGAGCCCGACAUGGAUGAGGCUUAUGCCACGGCCUGUCAAGAUAUAACCAUUCCCUUGGAAAUCCAAAUGUCAAAUAGAGCUCAUGGAGAGACCUCUGUUUUGAAAUUGUUGCCUCACGAUCCCUACGUUCGAUCGAUUGCAGAGCUUUUUGCAUCCUUCUUUACGAACAGCGUGGAUGUGAAUCUCGCCGUGACAGAGGCCACGAUCUGUCUGGCGUCAUGUGCUGAGGUGGGCCUUGAUGAGUGGCUUGCGGUACCUAGGACGGAGUAUCAGGCCACUGCACUCGAGCCGACGUUCGACAGUGCUAGUCUAGACGUGGAAGAAGCCGAGAGUCUACGUCUGCUGUUGUCCAUGUACUCUCAGCAGCGCCGACGAGACUCCUCAGACCCUCUACUGCUUGCAGUGUUGCGUACCCUAAAGCAUCAGGUCGACAGCAUACGUUCUGACCAUCCAAUCAUCGACUAUCUGAUCGAAAAACGUGUUGCAAUUCUGGGUGGUGCUGGUCGGGAAGACUCGCUGAGCCAGCCCAAAGGUGCCCAUCUAUCCAAUAGACAAUCCACCGAAUCUUCAAGACCAAGCGACAAUCGCCAGAUACAGCGUCUUCAGGUAGGAUCGAGGCAAGGGUCAACAUCACGCGAGUCUAGUGUUUCUAGGUCGUCAUCGCAUGCGCAAGCGAGAGAUGGUUCGUUAUCAAAUGUGCCUCCAAGAUCUAGUUCACUCCCGCAGACAUCCCAGGGUCAGCAACAUAAUUCGAUAUUCAGGCCGCCACCACCAGAAUCACCCGAGGACGAAAACUUGACUGUCGAUAUUGUCUCGGGACAUGUUGAGUCCAAGCAGAACGAAGCGCAAACACUCAGAAGCAAGAUUCGGUUUGCUCCCAGCGCUUCUCAAACCAACAACUUGAUCUCCGAGUAUUUCACGACUCAAGACAGGGACAGUCUUGAAGUCCGAGAAGCUACUCUAAGCCAUGUUGUGACAAACAUAGUCAUCUUGCAACAUUUCGUUGUGGAACUCGCCGCAGUGAUGAGGACUCGCGCAAUCGUUUUCGAAGAGGUUGCAUUCACAUGA